UUUUGGAUGUUUCAUCUAGGCCAUUUUCAUGAUUCCCACAAACCCGCCACCAACAUUCAGGAAGCCUGAACUCUGGUCUGACGACUUCACGGAUUUUGUUAAAAAGUGCUUAGUGAAGAGUCCUGAACAGAGAGCCACAGCAACACAGCUGUUACAGCAUCCUUUUAUCAAGAAUGCGAAACCCGUGUCAAUAUUAAGAGACCUGAUCACCGAAGCCAUGGAAAUCAAAGCCAAAAGGCAGGAGGAGCAGCAGCGGGAGCUGGAAGAAGAGGAGGAAAAUUCGGAUGAAGACGAGCUGGACUCGCACACUAUGGUGAAGACGAGUUCGGAGAGUGUGGGUACGAUGCGGGCCACCAGCACGAUGAGUGAAGGAGCCCAGACGAUGAUCGAGCAUAACAGCACUGUGUUAGAGUCAGACCUGGGGACCAUGGUCAUCAACAGCGAGGCCGAGGAAGAAGAGGACGGAACUAUGAAAAGAAAUGCCACGUCACCCGAAGGACAGAGACCGUCUUUCAUGGACUACUUUGAUAAGCAGGGCUUCCAGAACAAGAGCCACGAAAACUGUAAUCAGAGCGUGCGUGAGUCCCGCCCCAUGUCACAAAGUGUUUUUCCUGAUGACUGGAGAGUCCCUCAAGAUGGAGACUUUGACUUUUUAAAAAAUCUAAGUUUAGAAGAACUACAGAUGCGUUUAAAAGCACUGGACCCCAUGAUGGAGCGUGAGAUAGAGGAACUGCACCAGAGAUACAGUGCAAAGAGGCAGCCCAUCCUGGAUGCCAUGGACGCAAAGAAGAGGAGACAGCAGAAUUUCUGACCAAUGUCCUCUGCCUCAGCAUGACCAGAGACCAAGCCACUAAGAGAACUGAAGGGACUGUGCUGCUUUUUAAUCCCCAAAAUGUACGUUCUACAAGUUUGCAAAAGUCAAAAAUUAAUGAUGGUACACAGCCAGGUAAAUUCCCAAAGCUAGACUUUGAGUUGUGUCCACUCUGGCUUCGGUUAGAAAGGAUAAAAACAAUAGAAAUGGGCUCUUUCUGCCGGCUGCUACGCCAGCAACCAAACCAAUCUAAAUUAAAGCUCUAUUUGGAGACUUUGGAAAUCCAAAGUUGUCGCUUAACCGCACAGUACUGGAGGGCUUUAUGUCACACUAUCCUCUGUUCCUGUGGAAAAGCCUAUUUAUUGUACCCUUAGGUAGACUUAUUUAUUUAUGCAGUUUCACUUUUUGUUUUUUAAAGACAAGAUCAGGAUAGUUUGGGUAAACGUCCAGACACACUGACAGACACACAACUAAAUUGUACGUUAGGCAGGGAUGCGUUCCUUCAUCUCCAGUAGAAACAAAGCCGUAAGAGCAAUAAUGUCCAGAUGGACUGGGUAUCUUUAUACUGAAGUCUUAAUUCCAUCUCUACCUUUUGAAGUGUUAAUUUUUCACUUUAAUAUUGGUACAAGCAAGGCUAUAUAUACAUAGGUCAAACAGAAUUAUACCAUGUGAAACCAAAGAAAUCAAUGAAGCAUUGCUCAAAAAAAAAAAAAAAAAAAAAAAAGAUGUGGGGAAUAUUUUUAAAAAGAUGAAACUUGAGAAGACAAUGUAAUUGUUAACAUUUCCUGUAUUGGUCCUCAGUCAUCUCAUCAAAUUUAUUCUACGGAAAUAUGCUUUUGUCACAGGGCUUUUUGUCGAUUUCAUUUAUUUCCUGGAAAUUGAUAAGCAUCAUGUAUCUGACAAUAACAAAACAGUAAAAACAUUUGUACUAAAUUGUGCAUCCUUGGGGCCUGAAAAAAAAAAAAAAAACAAAAACAGAUUUCAGCUAGAAAGAGACACAUUUCUGAGCAGAAUUACCAUUUGUGUAAUUGAACUGGGACCAGUCCUUUUCUGCACUACACAUGGCCAUUUUGAGUGUGUGCUCUUUUAUGUGUUAAUUACUAUAUAUACAUCAUGAAGACAAAUAAAUUCCACUGUGCCACCCAC